AUGAAUACAUACUGAAAUUCAUUGCGAACAAUAACAUUGGGCCCCCAACAUGUCUGAUGUUCAUACUGUUUACUAUGAGUCAUUUUUACAUGGAACACGUUUUGUUGUUGGGACCCCUGAUGAUGACAAAACCACAUCCUGUCCUCAGUGAAUAAAUGCUCUGCAGAUGUCAGAAUGUGGCAGAUUGGCCACGAGUCUCCGGAAUGCUGCAGUGCAGACCCUUCAGCUUUGUCCUGCUCCCUCUCCUCCUCCUGUUUCUGCCAUCAGAUGAGUGCGCAGUUAUAGUAGAUGGGGCUGAGGUGCGGCCACACUCUCUCCCCUACAUGGCCUAUCUGAAUGGGUCGUCACUCUGUGGGGGGGCCCUGAUCAAUGCCACGUGGGUGCUGACAGCAGCUCACUGUAAGGGGGUGCAGAAGGUGCUGCUGGGAGUGCACUCCAUCUCUAAGGAUGACAGGUCAGGCUGGCAAACGAGUGCAGUGCGUAAGAUGUUUCCUCACCCCCAUUAUGACCCCGAGAGCCACAACAAUGACAUCAUGCUGCUGAAGCUGAGUAAAAAGGUGAAGAAAACGAGCACAGUGUCAUUCCUCCCACUGCCUGCCUCGAGGAUCGAGCUACAGGGUGGGGCGAAUUGCCUGGUGGCCGGAUGGGGGGCCACCAAAUACCAGGGCAAGAAGUCAGACGUCCUGCGCUCAGCCAACGUCACCAUCAUUGACAACGCUGUGUGCAACUCGAAGAACUACUACAACUCGGUGAUCACUGAAAACAUGCUGUGUGCAGGGUCUCAGGGCAGGAGGUACUCUGACUCCUGUCAGGGAGACUCAGGGGGGCCUCUCCUAUGCAAGGGGGUUCUCAGAGGCGUCGCAUCCUUUGGAAAGAAAUGUGGCAUGAGGUCCAAACCCGGCGUGUACGCAGCCGUCUCCGAGAAGUACAUCGAGUGGAUCAAGAAGACCAUCCGUCGAGCAGAUGGCCUUCAGCCAUAGACAUAGACGCCAGCUUCCCCUGCGGCUCAAAAUAACUGCCUUUUAUAUGUGAAAUGCUUGUUAACAGAGCUAAAAUGUAUUCCUGUGUCUUUUAAUAUUAAAGGCCUGAUUUCUUCUG